UUGUCCUACUGGCUACCUCUCCUCUCUUUUUCUUCUCCAGGGGACCUCUUUCUUCUCGUUCUCCUUCUCUACCCACCUCCACCAUCACCGCCAUUAGUAUUACCAUCACUGUUGCUUAUUGAGCCAUAUACGCCAUAGCCAGAAAGGAAAAUAAUAUUUUCUCGAGAAAGUGAUGAUUGGUACUUCCUACCAUCCGAAAUCCUUCCUUCAAUCCAACUCUACGUGCACCCAAAAUAAGAGGAAAAAAAAAGCCCAAAAAAACCCAUAAAAAAUAAACAGAGAACCCAAACAGACCGCUCAUUGUAGUCCAAUUCUUGUUACAGAAGACUUAUUUUUUUUGGGUUUUUUAUAUAUAUAUAUAUAUAAAAUUAAUAUGACUGAAGUACUCCAAUCAUCCCCUUCUCACUUCCCUUCACCUUCAAGCUCCUCUCCUACAUCAUGUGCGGCAAAUGAUGGCACACACCCACAUGGGUUUAUUAACAACAGGGUCGUCAACAGAGGUCGAGAAGCUGACGAAGAAGAUAUUGAGGAAAGAGACGGAGAGAGGAAGGAGAGAGACAGGGAAGGGGAUCAGUUAUCUUUUGUGACAGUUUUGGUGGCUGCUUUUAGGAGGUCUUUAUCUGGGUGUAGUGUUCCCAGUGCCAAAGAUUUAUGUUCAAUGGAGAUUGGAUUGCCUACUAAUGUCCGGCAUGUUGCUCAUGUCACCUUCGAUAGGUUCAAUGGAUUCCUUGGCUUGCCGGUUGAGUUUGAGCCUGAAGUUCCCAGGAGAGCUCCUAGUGCUAGUGCAAAUGUCUUUGGAGUUUCAACGGAGUCUAUGCAGCUUUCCUAUGACUCGAGAGGGAACUGUGUGCCCACAAUACUGUUGAUGAUGCAAAGACACUUGUAUGCCCAAAGUGGUCUGCAGGCAGAAGGAAUUUUUAGGAUUAAUGGUGGGAACAGCCAGGAAGAGUAUGUCAGGGAGCAAUUAAAUCGGGGAGUCAUACCUGAUGGUGUGGAUGUCCACUGCUUGGCAGGUCUUAUAAAGGCUUGGUUUAGAGAACUCCCAACUGGUGUAUUAGAUUCUCUUUCACCCGAGCAGGUAAUGCAAUCCCAAACCGAAGAGGAAUGUGCUCAGCUUGUUAGGCUUCUUCCUCCAACAGAAGCUGCUCUUCUAGACUGGGCAAUAAAUUUAAUGGCUGAUGUUGCUCAGCUGGAACAUAUGAACAAGAUGAAUGCACGAAAUAUUGCGAUGGUGUUUGCGCCAAACAUGACUCAAAUGUCAGAUCCUUUGACCGCCUUGAUGUAUGCCGUGCAAGUGAUGAAUUUUCUCAAGACACUUAUCAUUAAGACACUUAAAGAAAGACAAGAUUCUUCGGUAGAAACAAUUUCUGCUUCUUGCCCGGAGCCUUCUGAUGGGAAUGGUCAUGAAAGCUCAUCACAACUAUAUAUCCAUGAGAAGAAUGAAGACGAAGUUGAAGAUGACGAACAAGGUAAAUCUUUCGUUGCCAAAGACCCUGCUCUGAAGAGUCCCCUUCACCCUACCCAGAAUAAUUCUAAUACAGAACAAGAAUCUAAGAAUUUCCUAGCUUCCAUUGAAAACAUCUUACGAACAGGAAAUCAAUCUCUGGCUGACAACUGCCCUUGCCAAGUUGUAUCUCAAGUUAAUGCCUUGAUUAAUGGACUCCAAGAGACCAGUUUUAGAAGUCCGAAUUCUGGGGGUCAUACAUACUCGUGCAAGAUCAGAUCUUGUCAAUCUACUGAUUCAAGCGUCAAGAAUGGAUCCAAAAAGUCAAAUGAUUGGCGAAUAGGUAGUACUACAGAAUCUACAGAGAAGAGGAAAGGAGCUGCACUUGUUGGCCGAAUAAAUUCAAGGGCAGAAUUAUUUGAAGCUUGGCGAUGAAGUGUGCUACUCCAGAUGAUUUGAUUUGGAGGGAAUUUGCCAGCCGGCAAAAGAUAAAUCGGGCUUACCGUCCAUCUGGAAAUAUCGAGUGUGGUUUCCAUGUGUGUGUUGUUUUAAUUCUUGAGUGAUGUUUGCUUAAUCUUUGUUCCUGUUAACAAUGUAAGGUCUCUGUAACUCAAUUCUAACAUGUUCUCUUUUUUUCUGAGUAAAGCUUCUGACUUUAAAGAGUUUUCUCUCA